AGAACAAGCACACUUCGGCAUUUUUUUAAAUAAACUCUAUUUUAAGAAUAAAUUUAUUACAAUUUUGUAAUAAUGUUGGCUACAAACGAUGAAGUUAAUGGCACUGAUUUUUACGAAGUUAAUAAAAAUAAUUUUCAACAAAUAAAACGCAAAGCAACUAAGAUUGGUUAUGCUGAUGGUGUUAAUGAUGGUCGUGAAAGUGUCUUCCAAAGUGGAUUUGACCAAGGAUAUAAAGAUGGACUACGAACUAGUUUCGAUUUAGAAAAAUUCCGAUUUUUCUUUAAAAACUUAAAUACAGAUAAAAUAAACAGUAAGGAAUUGCUUAAAGAAAAAGAGGAAUAUGAGAAACUUGCACUAAUGGAAUCGAAAUCUCAACAGCAUUUCAAAUACCUUAGUCACACAGAUGAAAGCUUAGAUCUUGUAUCCCAAAAGCAAAGUGAGCAUGUUGAUGAAAUAAUUCAAAAAAUUGCACAAAAAUUGCCAAGAACAACUGUUUUAUUAAAUGUGCAAUCGAGUACAGAUGUUAUGUAAAAAUUUAACUUAAGAUCUUGUUUGUUUUAUUAAAUUAUAAAUGUAAUUUUAUAUAAUAUUGUAGAUUUAUAAAUAAAGACCUUCGGGAGUGCCCUCUUUUUUACGGUACAAAA